AUGGUCCAGUUAAAAGGAAGGAUCCUGCCAGAUGCCAAAGAAUUUGUUGUGAAACUGGGCCAAGACCCUGAGAACCUCGUUCUUCACUUCAACCCGCACUUUGACCCCCAGAAGUGUCGGAACACCAUUGUGUGCAACUCAAGGAAAAUGGGCUGUGGGGGGGAAGAGGAGGAGACACAUCUCCAAGUUCUCUUUCGAGCAGGCGGCAGAGUUCAGCUUUCCUUCACAUUCCUUCCUUCUGAGAUCAAGGUGCUCCUGGAUGAUGACCACGAGAUCUCCUUCCCCAACUGGCUGGGCCUGAGAGUCCUCAAAAUACAUGGCGGUGGAAGGAGGCUUCAGAAUCAGAGCCCUCAGAUUCUUGAUCUUGAUUUCCCAUAG